AUGAACAGCCAUGAGGAAUACUCGGGACAAUACCACCAGAAACCUUACGAGGAAAUGGACUUUGUGAUCACGCUCGCUUCCGGCGCUGAGUUGAUAGGAUGCCAGGUUGGCAAAGGGCUACCUCGGAUUUGUUUCAAAUUAUCCAAUGAGGAUCUGCCCUCCCAUGAAAAGUCCACACUGAAGCCCGACUACGGGUGUGAUCCUUAG